AUGAUGUUCUGGACCCUGUUACCCAGUGCGCACAGAGCAUUGGGAAGACAGAACACGCUUUCAAAGGACGAACUACAAGCUAUUCAACAGGGUUAAAAUCCUUAGGCCUGCUAAGACUCAGUGGACAUUAUCAGAGGCACGUUUCCCAGAACUGCGAAGGGUAGCUGAAGCGACUCUGCAAGGAAGCUUUCCGUAAAGGAGCUAUGGAGAACGGAAGGGCAGACACUCUGCGGAUAAGGCAAGUCCUGCUUCUCUUUGUUUUCCUAGGAAUGUCUCAGGCGGGUUCCCAGUCUGGACGCUUUUCUGUGGCAGAGGAAAUGCAGAGCGGGAGCUUUGUAGGCAAUUUGGCAAAGAACCUGGGACUAGAAGUGGGUGAACUGGUUUCGAGGGGGGCUCUGGUGGUCUCUAAUGAUAACAAAAAUCGUUUGCAGCUGGACAGAAACACCGGGAAUUUGAUCCUAAGCGAAUCGCUAGACCGGGAGGAGCUCUGUGGCUCCACUGAGCCUUGUGUGCUGCAUUUCCAGGUAUUAAUGAAGAACCCUUUGCAGUUUUUACGGAUUGAGCUCCAGGUCACAGACAUAAAUGACCACUCUCCUGUCUUCUUAGAAAAAGAAGUGCUCCUAGAAAUCCCAGAGAACAGCCCUGUUGGUGCUAUGUUCUUAUUAGAAAGUGCGAAGGAUUUAGAUGUAGGAAUCAACGCUCUAAAGAACUACACAAUAAGCCCCAACUCUUAUUUCCACAUUAAAAUGAGAGUUAAUCCGGAUAAUAGGAAAUACCCAGAGUUGGUUCUGGACAAGGCACUGGAUUAUGAAGAGCAGUCCGAGCUCAGUUUCAUCCUCACUGCUCUGGAUGGUGGGUCUCCACCCAGGUCCGGGUCGGCAAAUGUCCGAGUGGUGGUUGUGGACAUUAAUGACAACCCUCCCAAGUUUGAGCAGCCAUUUUAUGAGGUGAAGAUUCCAGAGGAUAGCCUAUUAGGCUCACUCAUUGUCACCGUCUCAGCCUGGGAUUUAGACUCAGGAAAAAAUGGAGAAAUAUCAUAUUGUUUUUCCCAUGCCUCUGAAGAUAUUCGCAAGACAUUUGAAAUUAACCAAAAGACUGGAGAAGUCAGUUUAACAGCUUCCAUGGAUUUUGAAACAAUUGAGUCAUACUCAAUAAUCAUUCAAGCUACUGACGGGGGAGGUCUCUUUGGAAAAUCAACAGUCAGAAUUCAGGUGAUAGAUGUAAAUGACAAUGCUCCUGAAAUCGCCGUAUCAUCAAUUACCAGUCCAAUCCCAGAAAAUUUGCCUGAGUCUGUGGUUAUGGUUUUUAGCAUCCGAGACAGAGACUCUGGAGACAAUGGGAGGAUGGUGUGUUCUAUCCCAGAAGACCUCCCUUUCAUGCUAAAAUCUUCAGUUGAGAAUUAUUACACAUUGGAAACGGAGAGACUGCUGGAUAGAGAGAGCCAAGCUGAGUACUACAUCACCAUCACUGUGGCUGACUUGGGGACCCCCAGGCUGAAAACGCAGCACAACAUAACCGUGACGGUCUCCGACGUCAACGACAACGCCCCCGCCUUCAGCCAAACCACCUACACCCUGCGGGUCCGCGAGAACAACAGCCCCGCGCUGCACAUCGGCAGCGUCAGCGCCACAGACAGCGACGCGGGCGCCAACGCCCAGGUCACCUACUCCGCCUUGGCGUCCGUGUCGUCGCUCUUCCUGUUCUCGGUGCUGGUGUUCGUGGCGGUGCGGCUGUGCAGGCGGAGCCGGGCGGCGUCGGCGGGCCGCUGCCCGGUGCCCGAGGGCCACUUUCCGGGCCACCUGGUGGACGUCAGCGGCACGGGGACGCUGUCCCAGAGCUACCAGUAUGAGGUGUGUCUGCGGGGAGGAACUGGGACCAAUGAGUUCAAGUUCUUGAAGCCGAUUAUCCCUAACCUCCCACCCCAGUGCCCCAGGAAAGAAACGGAAGAAAAUUCUACCUUUCGCAAUAGCUUUGGGUUCAAUAUAUAAUUACCAUAAUUAACUUUAAUAUUACAUAUGCGCCACUUUUUUUGUGCCACUUCCAAAUCAAUGUUAUUUCCCCUCAUUUUGAGUGUAAAUUGUAUUCAGGGUACUUUUUAAAAAUACAUUUUAAUAUCUUUAUUUUAUUUUGAGAAACAGAGACAGAGAGUGAGCUGG